CGCAAACAACGACCAGAAACCACAGCCUUGGGAUAUUUCACACACACAGCACAGAGAGAAAGAAGAGAUCGGGGAGAAUGGGAUCUGUUUGGGGUGCCAUACUCGUGGUUCUGGCAGCAAUAUCUGUGUCUCACGCGCAGCUGAGCCCAACAUUCUACAACCAAACAUGCCCUAACGUCACCGACAUCGUAUCUGGGGUUAUCCAGAGUGCUGCACAAAGCGAUCCUCGUAUAGGGGCCAGUCUCAUCAGACUUCACUUCCAUGACUGCUUUGUUCAAGGAUGUGAUGCUUCGCUUUUGCUGAACAACAGUGCCACCAUUGUAAGCGAACAGACAGCUCCAGGCAAUAAUAACUCGAUCAGAGGACUGGAUGUCGUCAAUAAUAUCAAAUCUGCCCUCGAAUCCUCUUGCCCCAACACUGUUUCUUGUGCUGAUAUCCUUGCCAUUGCUGCUCAAGUCUCUGUUGUCCUGGCAGGAGGGCAGUCGUGGACAGUUCAGUUGGGAAGAAGGGAUAGCCUAACAGCAAACCUAAGCCUCGCUAAUUCUAACCUUCCUUCACCUUUCUUCACCCUCGACCAACUCAAGCAAAAUUUCUCGAAUCAAGGCCUUGACACCACUGAUCUUGUUGCCCUUUCUGGUGCUCACACAUUUGGAAGAGCUCAGUGCAGGUUCUUUGAUAACAGACUGUACAAUUUCAGCGGCGGCAACCCAGACCCAAACCUCAACACAACCUACUUGGCCACAUUGCGCCAGUUAUGCCCACAAAGUGAAGUAGGAAGAAACACGAACCUCACAAAUCUGGACCUGACCACCCCUGAUAUCUUUGACAAAAACUACUACUCCAACCUCCAGCUCAAGAAUGGCCUUCUUAACAGUGACCAGGUCCUGUUCUCUACUGCUGGUGCUGAUACCAUUGCGAUUGUCAACAAUUUCAGCGCCAACCAGACAGCUUUCUUUGAAGCUUUCGCUGCUUCCAUGAUCAAGAUGGGCAAUAUCAGACCUUUGACUGGCUCCCAAGGUGAAAUUCGAACGCAAUGUAAUAUGGUUAACGGAGCAUCAUCAGGAUUAGUGGGUGUGGCUUCUGCAGAAUCACAGGACGGUUUGGUUAGUUCAAUGUAAUUAAUUACCACUGCGUCCUGGGAGAGAAGAAAGUAUUGGCAUAAAUAAACAAGUGGAUCGCGCUUGUGAGCAUGUAUUUUGGUGCUUUGUGUGUGUGUGUGUGUGUGAUGUAUUGACGAGUGAUACAUUUUCUUCGUUGUAAAGACUGUUAAUUGAGUUAUCACUGUGCCUUGGGAGAGAAGCAAGUAUUGGCCUAAAUUAAUGUAUAUGCCUAACCACUCCCGGCAACUUCGAGGAAUGGCCUCCUUAACAGCGACCAUGUGUUGUUCUCCA